AUGCAAGCAUGGUUAUUCUGGAAUCUCAUUGGACUCUAUCCCAUUACAGGUACUACUACCUACCUGAUCUCGGCUCCUUUCCUAUCUAACUUUAGUCUCAAGUUGGCAAACGGAAACACCGUUACAAUCACAGCACAAAACUUGGCCGAGGACAGUUACUAUGUUCAAGGAAUUACCCUUAAUGGACGCCCCCAUAACGAAAACUGGAUAAGCCACGAUGAUCUUUUCGUUAACGGAGGAUCAUUAAAUUUCCAACUCGGCACCGAACCUAAAAACUGGGACGUUGGUUCUGUGCCUCCAUCUCCUGGUCACAUCUAG